AUGCCGCUCUGUCUCACUUUCAUCGACUUGAAGAAGGCCUUUGACUCAGUUGAGACGGAAGCGGUCGUGGAAGCCUUGGACAACCAAGGCGUUCCCACUCAGUACAUAAAGGUGCUUCGAGAGUUGUACAGUAACUUCACGACCGGAAUCUCGCCAUUCUACAAGAAUAUCAUCAUUGACGUGAAGAGGGGGGUUCGACAGGGUGAUACAAUCUCACCCAAAAUAUUCACAGCCACCCUCGAGAACGCAAUGCGAAAGUUGGAAUGGGACGACAUGGGAGUGAAGAUCGAUGGUCGGCAGCUACACCAUUUGCGCUUUGCUGAUGACAUCGUACUGAUAACACCUAGCAUCAGCCAAGCGGAACGAAUGCUGACCGAAUUCGCCGAAACAUGUGGAUGCAUCGGUCUUGAGCUGAAUCUUCAAAAGACGAUGUUCAUGCGGAACGGAUGGAUCUCGGAUGCCCCAUUCACGCUCAACGGAACGAACAUAUCCGAAUGCACCAGCUACGUCUAUCUGGGUCGGGAAUUGAACAUGAUGAACGACCUGGCCCCCGAGCUGGGCAGGAGGAGAAGAGCGGCUUGGGGAGCGUACAAGAGCAUCGAGGACGUAGUGAAGAAGACCAAGAACACCCGGCUCCGUGCUCACCUCUUCAACACCACCGUACUUCUUGCUUUGACCUAUGCCUCAGAAACCUGGGCACUUCGCAAGCAGGAAGAAAACGCGGUGAGCGUCAUUGAACGCGCAAUUGAGAGAGUGAUGCUAGGAGUAUCCCGUUUCAAGCAAGUGAGAGACGGGAUUCGAAGUUCUCUCCUACGUCAGCGAUCGAAGAUCAGAGACGCCGCCGCGUUUGCCAAGGAAAGUAAAAUAAGGUGGGCCGGACACGUGAUGCGCUUUAACGACAACCGUUGGACCAGAGCCGUGAGCGACUGGAUUCCCCGCGAUAUUAAGCGCAAUACAGGAAGACCGCCGACCCGAUGGUCAGGUUUCUUCACGAAGUCCUUCAAAGAAAAUUACGAUGCUCUUCGUGUCCCACGCGAAAGGAGGAACCACUGGGCUACUCUGGCACGCGACCGGGAAAAAUGGAAGAAUUACUGGCGCCCGCUCGACCGGUUCGAAGACCAACGGGAGUCAAGGUGA